CAGCAAAUUCUGUCCCACAGCUGCAGCCAGCAAGCUGGAGAUCUCCAUGCCAGCUGAGGUGGAAGUGGAAGUCGGGGGCACAGCCAGGAUCGAGUGCAACUUCUACACCCCUGAAAAUGCUUCUUACACCUACAUCGACUGGUUCUACGUGGACCGCAGCAACAGGCAGGUGAGGCUGUACCACAUCACGGCCAGGGAUGUCCUGGAGGAUGACACGGACUACAAGGACAGGGUGUCACUGGGGCAGGACAAGUCCCUGUCCAUCAGCCCAGUGACAGUGCAGGACAACAGGACCUUCGUGUGUCAGGUUGGGGCUGGCAGCUACGGCGUGGGCGAGAACAGCACCGAGCUCAGAGUUUACAAGGUCCCCCAGACGCCUGAGAUCGAGCCCAGCUCAGGAGGCAUCUCUGUGCACAGCACUGAAAUCCCAGAGAUUGCCAAGUGCGUGAGCAAAAACGCCUUCCCGGCUCCCAACAUCACGUGGCACAAGAACGGGGAGCAGCUGCACUCCGAGGAGAACCAGGUGACGGUGACCCGCGAGUCCAGCGGGCUGUACACGGUCAGCAGCGCGCUGUACGCGCCCGUCACGCGCGAGGACCGCCUGUCCCGCUACCACUGCACCGUGCACUACCUGCUGCGGGGCCAGAGCCGCGCCCUGGAGUCGCGGCGGGUCAAGGUCAACGUCUUCUACCCCGCCGAGACCCUGACGCUGCAGGUGGUGCCGUCCUCGGCGCUGGUGAAGGAGGGGGACAAUGUCACGCUGGUCUGUGAGGCUGAUGGGAAUCCACCGCCCGUCUUCAGCUUCUUUAAGAAAAACCAGCUGGAUGAGUGGCAGGAUCUGUCGUCGCUGGCAGAGUCCGAGGGCGGGAUCCUGAACCUGCACGAUGUGAACAAGAGCAGCAGCGGCACAUACAAGUGCCAGUCCCUGGACCUGGAUGACAUGUCACAGAAAGAGGAGGCUGUGGAUCUUGUUGUGAACUACAUCGAAGGGGUCCGUGUGAAGAUGGAGCCGUCCUCAACCGUUCGUGAGGGGGAGACUGUGAAGCUGAGCUGUGAUGCCCAAAGCCCCGUGGGCCUUCAGUACCAGUGGAACAAUGAGAAGGGCGAGAUGGUGGGGAAUGGGAGACAGCUCACCCUCAACAACGUCAGCUUCGAAACCUCCAACACCUUCAGCUGCAAGGUGAUGGCCCCGAGCGUGCCAGGGCUGGAGCAGAGCAAGAAAGUGUCUGUGGCUGUCCAGGGGAAGCCGCGGAUCGUGGCCAUCAGCUCCCCGCUGUACGUGCGCCAGGACGAGCUUGUCACCCUGACCUGCAAGGCCAUCGCCUUCCCCCCGCCCACCGUCAAGUGGAGCAUCGAUGGCACGGCUCACGAGUACAAGGACAACCAGCACGUCGCCAGCAACCUGACGGUGCGGGUGAGCCAGGACCUGCUGCAGGCUGGAGCCAUGUGCCGGGUGUCCAACGAGCUGGGUGUCAGUGAGAAGCACAUCCAGCUGGUGGAUCAAAAGUCAACAGCAGAGAGCCAAGGGGUGAUCAUCGUGGCCAUCAUCGUGGCCAUCCUGGUGGUGGCUGUGCUGGGCGCUGUCAUCUACUUCCUGCACAAGAAAGGCAAGAUCCCGUGUGGCCGUGCUGGGAAGCAGGACAUCACAAAGCCAGAGGCCCGUAAAGACAAGAUUGUAGUUGAAGUUAAGUCAGAUAAACUUUCCGAAGAGGCGGGGCUGCUGCAGGGCGCCAACGGCGAGAAGAGAGCCGCAGCCGAUCAGAGCGAGAAAUACAUCGAUCUGAGAAACUAGAGAGGGAACCUCCUAAGUGCUUUCUUCCUUCAAACCUUUCCUGCUCUUGGAUUGCCUUGUCCCACCCCUGCUCCAGCCCCUGGGGAGCACGGCCAGAGACCCCCCGUGUGUCACCGUGCAGGGGACACCCCCUGCCUCUCCUGGCCAUUACCUCAGCCCUGGGCUCGCAGGUGUUGCCUUAGCAGCAAAGCUGGACUCGCUUUACUACUCCAGAGAAGCCACAGCAAUAUUAGGAAGAAUUAUAUCCCAUUAAUUCCCUACUUGGUGGAAGGAUUUGAGGCUUUCAGGUAAUCUGUUCUGUACGUGUCGUGGGAAGGUUUUGAUGCGUUAUUUUACCCUGACCUUGCUCAGAGAGGCUGGUGAAAUUUGGUUUUUGGGAUGUCUGAGGCACCCUAGGUGUAGUGGGUGCAGGUUGGAGGAGAGAGGAGUGGAAGGGGUGUGUGUUAGAGAGGUGUUUGCAGCCCUGAGAGGUCCUGAGUGCUUUGCUUUGUCUUUGAGCUGCCCUUGGGUCAGUUUAUCCCAGCAGUGCUGUGAUCCCACAGGAGGAGAGGAGCUGGCAGAGCAAGGAAGGGGUGCCAAUGUCCAGAAAGGCUUUAGGGUGUGUGCCUUGGAGGGGGCAGGGCUCCCCUCUCCCCUCUGAAUCUGGUUUAUUGUAGGGACUGCCCCAGCAGGACCCCCACAGGUCUAAACUCGACAUUAGGGCCAGUCAGUGACGUCUCAGGGUUUUUCUGUGCUCAGCCAGUGCCAGCCCCAGGUCAAACUCCUCCCUGUGCUUUGCUGGCACCUCUGGCCCCACAGUGAGGGGGGAGAUGGACAGGAACCUGCCAGAGCUGCUGUGCCAGCCCUCCCCUGGCUCAUCCCAGAGGGACCAGCCCCUGCUGCCUCUCACCCACAUCUCUCAGCUCUGCUGCCACUUUGUCCCCUGGCUGUCCCAGCCCUGACCUGCUACACGUGGUGUCCAAGCAAAAGCUUUGGUUUAUAUAUAUUUUUGUUGGAUUGUGUGUACAUUUCCAGGAGUUUUGUUUCGGUUUAUUAUUUUUUUUUUUGUCCGAUACUUGCAAGGUUUUUUUUUUA